CCAAAUGUUCCAGCUAUGCAUGAGCUUCAUUUCGCUGUUCCAAUGGCUGGUUUGGUUCUCUGUCCGCUUAAUACUCGACUCGAUCCUUCCACAGUGUCGGUUUUGCUAGCUCACUCGGAGGCCAAGAUCCUCUUUGUUGAUCAACAGUUACUUGACAUUGCUCAUGGAGCUCUUGAUCUCCUUGUCAAAUCAGGUGGAACAAGAACAAGUCUGAAGCUUGUGUUGAUCUCUCAGUCUAGUGAUGAUGAUAAUGAAGAUAGCUCAUCAAGCGUUGCGUCAAACUACUCUUUUGAUUAUGAAUAUGAAGCUCUGAUAAAAUCUGGAAAUAGCGAAUUCGAGGUGAUCAAACCGAGAAGCGAAUGGGAUCCCAUUAGUAUAAACUACACUUCAGGGACGACUUCAAGACCUAAAGGCGUUAUGUAUAGCCACAGAGGAGCCUAUCUCAAUUCACUUGCGACAGUCUUACUUAACGAGAUGCCUCUUUAUCCCGUGUAUUUAUGGACACUGCCGAUGUUUCAUUGUAACGGAUGGUGCCUCGUUUGGGGAGUAGCGGCGCAAGGGGGUACUAAUAUCUGUCUUAGGAAAGUCUCUCCUAAGCUAAUCUUUAAGAGCAUUUCUAUGCAUAAAGUGACUCACAUGGCAGGAGCUCCUACGGUUCUGAACAUGAUUGUGAACUGUCCGGUGACGGAACAUAAACCGUUUCCUCAAAGGGUUGAUUUCAUGACAGGUGGGGCACCGCCUCAACCGCACAUCCUAGCAAAGAUGCAAGAGUUAGGUUUCAAUAUGUCGCAUAUUUACGGUUUGACAGAGACAUAUGGUCCAGGGACAUACUGCAUGUGGAAACCUGAAUGGGAUUCUCUUCCUUUGGAAGAGAGAAGUAAGUUAAAAGCUAGACAAGGAGUGCCGCAUUUGGGUCUAGAAGGGGUUGAAGUGAAAGAUCCAGUGACAAUGGAGACUGUACCUGAUGACGGUUUAACCAUGGGUGAGGUUGUGUUCAAGGGAAACACCGUGAUGAGUGGAUAUUACAAGGACUUAGAGGCAACUCAAAAAGCUUUUGAGGGAGAUUGGUUUCACAGUGGUGAUCUCGCAGUGAAGCAUCCGGACGGGUACAUAGAGAUAAAAGAUCGGUUAAAAGAUGUGAUCAUCUCAGGGGGAGAAAACAUAAGCUCGUUGGAGGUUGAAAGAGUCUUGUGUAGCCAUGAAGCGGUUCUUGAAGCGGCUGUUGUGGCACGUCCGGAUAAUCACUGGGGAGAGACUCCUUGCGGGUUUGUGAACCUGAAAGAUGGGAUUGACACCAUCAAACCAGAGGAGAUUAUCGGGUUCUGUAGAGAUCGUUUACCUCAUUACAUGGCUCCAAAGACUAUUGUUUUCGGGGACAUACCUAAAACCUCGACGGGGAAAGUACAAAAGUAUAUCCUGAGAAAGAGAGCCGAAGAAAUGGGAAGCUUGUGAUCGCUAUGUAAGAAACAAAACAAAGCUUUAUUCGUUGGUUCAUGUUUAUAUGUAAGGAAACCACCGCGUGAAAAUAAAGAAACA